AUGCUGCACCUACACCCAAGACCAAUGGUCACUGAGGCAGAGGGGACAGGAGGGCCUGGGAUAGCAAGUCUGCCCUCCUCGGUGGCUCAUGUGUUCUUCAUUUCCACCCUGCGAGAGUCUGUGCUGGACACUGGAGUUGGGGGAGGAGCCGGUUACAGACAGGGGAGCAAACUGUCUGUACCACACUCCAUGAUCCCAGCUGCUAACAUCCACACUGAGCCCUACUUAUCAGCCUUCUUUUCUCCUGCUGGAACCUCCUCUGUACUCGACCAGCAGCCUCAGCACCAUCCGACACUGGUAAGAAAUGCAGAUUCUCAGGCCUCAUUCCAGGCCUAUUGAAUCAGGAAUUCUGGAGUGGAGCCCUGCAGCCUGCAUUUUAACCAGCCCUGCAGGUGCUUCUGAGGCAUGCUCAGGUUUGAGCACCACUGGCCGCAGGGAGGUCGAGGCAGGGCCCAGGGUUAAUUCCACCCUCCUCUGGUUGAAUAGCUGCCGUUUAGGCAAAAUGGUU